UGAAGAAACUGCCUCUAAAAAAACAAAAACUGUGACUCAGAAUAUGACCAGAAUUGAGAUCUCACAACUUCCAAUCGGACAAAUCAGUUCUUAUUCCAAACAAUGAAACUACUGAAAUUGAAGCAUGGACUUGUGCUCUUUGUGGUAAACACAGUAGCUUCAAAUUUCUGGGUGAUCUCUUUGGACCAUAUACUGUUGAGACUAUGUCUGACGACAUGCUAGAAUUGAGUCCAAAAGUUCGACUUGGUACUAAAAAGAAAAAGGCUGAGGACAGUGGCAAUAAGAAUGGUAAGUCAAGGAGGCGUUCAAGUAGUGUGACUCAGGAAGUUGGUGACUGGAAGGAAGUGUGGGUCCAUGAAAGCUGUUCAGUGUACUCGGACGGUGUGUUUCUGAUUGGCUCCAAGAUCUACGGCCUUCAAGAAGCUGUGAGAAUUGCCAGUCAGACGCCGUGUUCAGUUUGUAAUGAAAUGGGUGCUAUGAUUGGUUGUCUAAAUAAAGGAUGCCAACAAAAAUUCCAUCAUGCCUGUGCUCAAGGAGCUGAGUGCUACCUUGAUGAAGAGAACUUUUCACUUCUUUGUCCAAAACACAAGGUAAAAAAAUUAAAACAACUAGAAGAGGCCUCAACGUCUACUAGUGUUGGGUGAUGAAAUAAAGGAAAGGGAUUUGAAAGAACUGUUUCUGAGUCACUGUUCAGGAAGGACGACAAGUUGUGUUCUGCUUUGCUUCAUUCCGUUGCUGGGAAAAAAAUGAGAGCAGGGUACCAGUGUCAUAAUUUGUUGUGCAGGGUAUCGGACACCAAAAAAUGAAGAGCACAAAGCCAAGUUAAAGUUACUAUGGAUAAAUGAUCCAGACAUCUUAGAUAUAGGAUUAGAUGACUGUUGAGGGGGGUAUAAGGCAAUAAUUGUUCUGGAAAAAAGUUUUAGUGGGGCUCUAUGAGCAUCAUUAGAAUGUGUUAAUGUUUUACUUUAGGAUGUGUGGGGGAUACUAUUUGAUGAUGGUAUCAGACAUUAACAUUUGUUUAUUUUUUUACCCUUCAUAAUCAAUCUUUUUUAUAGAAACAUAUACAGAUAAGUUUGGGAUUUUUUUUGAUUUUUUUUUUUCAAAAUCUGAAUGUAUAAAUUCCUGCUCCCAUUUCUUUAGGGAAAAUAAUACAAUUUUUUUAUAAUUGUAUAGGCACCUUGGUUGGCCACUUGUUAUGAUAUACACUGUCCAAAAUAGUGGGUUAUGUGGUUACUUAAUUGUACCUAAAAGUGUAAGAAAUAUUAAGAAGGACCAUUACUUAAUGAUUGUUAUAUGAUGAAAUAGUAAACAAACCAAUAUGUUUACAUGUCAUACUUAUAAUAUUUGGAUUAAUGUGUGUAUAUGAGUCAAAACCAUGAUUUGUAUUGCACCAAAGCUGGGAGAAAGGGAAAAUUUAAGAAUUUCUUACAAAUUUUGACAAGAUCUUAACCAAGUUUUAUAUAUAUUACUUGAAGUAAUGUAUUGAAUGUCUCCCUUGAGUUAGAAGUUUUAUCACGACUACGAAAAUUUCUAUCUCAGCAGUUAACAUACAGGUUUUUUUUCACCUUUUAUAACAGAGGCCUGAAAGAGGUCUCUUCCCAUAUUGUAGUUUUCUCUAGUUUUCCAAAAGUCAGUUUUUGCUUUCUCAAAUCAGCUAUUAUAGCAGUAGUACUUCCCAAAAUCAAGAGGCUUACGCCUCUUCCUAAUUAAGAAAGAAAAACUCUUGGCACAAAACCUGCCUUAGUCGCAUUUAGCAAUAUAAGAGGAUGAUUGAUAAAAAAUCAAAACCUGUUGAUUAUCUUGAUCUUGUGAACUUGUGUCUCAACUGUCACAAACUUGGUCAACAGCGUUUUGAAUAAUUCUCAAGUAUGGUUGUAUAAAACUGUUACAGAUCAUUUACAAGGUAAGAGAUCAACAGAGCUACAAUAGUACACUUGUCACAAUCUUACUUAUUGUAGGGUCAUCAGAAAGUAAAAGAAACAAAAUUUUGAUUAGUUUUUGUCUGAUCAAAAUAAUAACUUUUGUUUUUAUUAGCAUUCGGAUCUUUGUGUCAAUAUCAAUAUAUACAUGUAGCUUUGUUUCAAGUUAAGCAUUUUUCUUUUGCAAAAAAAUAUAUUUUAACUUUGUUGCUUUUUGUUUUUCAACUUGCAUACCUCAUUUUCCACCCACCUCAUAGUCACAUGAAAAUUGUGAAAAAAAUGUCUCAUUUUUUAGCUGGACUAUUCCAAGAAUAGAGAGGCUAUUUUACCCAUGCAUAAGAGUUACUCAUGGUUAAAGGCUUUGUACGCAACUUUAUAUCUCCAACACAAAGGUAUUCACUGAAAAGUUCAAGCAUGUCUAAGGGAUCAUAAUGCUUACUGAAGUUUAUUUUCCUAAAACCUUAGCUAGGAUAAGUUUAUUUUCCUAAAACAUUAGCUAGGAUUUUUAGUCUGACUAAACAAAGUUUAUAGACGGCAGGCGUAUUCUUAUUGGCGACGGCACAGAUGUGCCAGCUGAUCUCGGUCUGUCAUGGUCUCAUGGGUGGAAUCAGUUGCCACUAGCAUAAGGGUUAGUAAUCCGUUAUCUCAAAAAUGCUACAUCUUACAGAUCCAUCUAAUACAGUCUAGGAAAAAUAUCAAAGACUGUUAGAGAAAUUGUAUAUUUACAAAUAUAUUAUGUAAAAUAAAGCUUGUGGCAUGAAUUAUAGUUUUGUAUUGUUGACUCAUUUCAGCUUUUGUUGUUGAGCAAAACUGCUAUCAUUUAAACAUUGCAGAGGUAUUCACAAAGUUAAGUGGCAAAUGUUAGUGAAAUAUCCUCUCACCAUUUUGUAUAAAAGUACUAAUGUUACAAAAUUAGUUAAUUUUAAUUUUGUUGAUAAAAUACCUGUUUUCUGUGAUAGAUUUAUGUUUAGUGAUGUUGUACAGUAAGUGUUAAAUACAAAGCUAACUGGAUAAAGUUUCUGGUAAAUUAUUAGCAACUUAUAACUGCUUCUCUAGAAUUUUUAGUGCCUUUACAUAUUUUCUAUUCUAGAUCUUGUUGCCAAAAAAUUGAUUAAGCCCUUUUCAUGCUGAAUGUCUUAAAUAGACUUGUCCAUCUUUCAAGGUGAACAAAACUAUCCAUCUUUUGAAAUAUCGACAGCUUGGUGUGACAGGGUUGUAACUCCUUCUUUAUCUAAUAUGAGUUAAAACCCUUUUGCACCAAGCCCUCAAUAUGUACGGAUUGAAGAACGAACAGUGAAGGCAUGGAUGUGCUUGCCUGAUCUUGUUUCGCACUGCUUUCAUAGGUUAAGUCUGAUUCUGCCAGCAGGUUAUGGGUUAAAAAUAUAUAAUUUUUUUCUCUCAAAUGAUGGCUUGUAUAUAUACAUUCUGUUAAGUGUGUAGAAAUUUGAAUCAGUUAUUUGAUUUUGUAAAAAUAUUUUGUAGACAAAAUAAUGAAAAAAUAUGUAAUUUUAUUCAUUGGUUGUGCUAUUUUCACAAAUUCUUAUUUUUGUUUACAUUAUUAUAUUGUUCAUUUGAGGCGGACGUUUUUGUUUUUUGUUGCAUUUCUUUCGGUUGAUACUGAGGGAUUAUUUAGUGGUGAAAUAUCACUACCUGUUGAAUGUUUAAAUAUUUCUUUCUUAUAGUUUCACUAGUGCUUAAUGGGGGAAGAGAAGAUGUGGCCUCUAGAUUCCUAAACUCUGUUCACAUUUAAACUGGUAUCUUUUGAGGUCACAUUUUCUUCGUCCUACCACUAUGAAACUUUUGUCAGAAUGUUUCUUCUAAUACAACAGUUUUUAACAGUAAAUGUAGCUCCCAGAACAGUUUUGUUAAUUUAUAUACAUGUAGUCGAGGGCAUUUUGUUUGUUGCUCUUUCAUGAUGUGAUUUUUUUAAAUUCUUUUUUUCUUAUGUUUAGAUAUUUCAGAUUAUUCAAACUACAGAAUGAAAAGUUUAGAAUGUGAAAGAGUUCCAUUCAAUAAUUACAGUUGUUAAAGGUAGCACAUUUGUGAUGUGUCAAAUAUAAAGAAUGUCAGUUGCAUGUCUUUGACACAAUUAUUAAUCUGUGCCUAAAGAACUUAUCAAACUUUAUUUCUGGACAAAACCAUUCAUCAUCUAUAGAAACAAAAAUAAAAAAAAGUACAGUGAACUGUACAGACCACAUGAACGUGCCAUCGGAUCUUGGUCUGCACUGGGCUGCAUGGGUUACCAAGAAUCAUAUAGCACCAGCAAGCCUAGAGUUAAACAACAUAAAUAUUACUUGUCAGCUUUUGUAUAUACAAUAUAAUUUGUUUUGCUUCUUUUAAAGGCUGAAAAAAACAUAUAUGACUGAAUGGAAAUGGAAAAAAUAAUCUUAAAAAAAGGAAUAAAAUGUUAUAAAUAUUUUACACCCAACUGGCAUUUUUUUCAUAACAUGCGUUAUAAAUACAUAUAAUUUAUGAUAGUUAAAUACAUAUAUGUCUAAAUAUGUGAUAGUUAAAGAUGUCUUAAUGUUUUUGUUUUUUUUCUCUCGUAUUAUUGUACUUUUCGUAAUAAGUGAUCAUAAGUAUAAAGACAAAUAUGUUAAAGUAUCAGAAAGUUCUCACUUUAAAUGUCAUUCAUAUGUUAAUCUGCUUUCUUUUUCCUUAAUCUUUGUGCACAAGUGCACUUGUACAUAUUUAUGAAACCUUCAUUUUUUCUUUCUUUAUAAUUGCAAUGAAAUGCCUAUGUCAUUAAAAUAAAGAAUAUGGUUUUA